AUGUUAGCGGUAUUAUUAUUGAGUGGAUUUUUUCGUGGUAUCCUAUCGCAGACAUCUUCUCAUGAUCCCAGUGCGUUAUCAUCAAGUCAUGGCUCACUGCACACCCUCCCAGACAAUCUCGCAAACUUCAGGAACUUCUUGCCAAUAAAUGUGUUUCAAAAUCCUCUAAAACAACCUGGUGUUCCAUUGUCGGUAGCGAUACGGCAAAUUAGUCCAAUCAAAUUUACUCCGAAUUUUGACAACUCUGAAAACUUUUUGCCAAAUAUCCCACGUCAGGACCUCUUUCCUCCUUCCAGUGUUGAACAAAACCUGAUCAUAGCAAACCACCCAAACAGUUUUGGAAUAACGGUGAACAACGAGCACUCCGACUGGCAAGCUAGGACUAAUCAUCAUAACAGAGUAAUUGCACCUACUGCCUUAUCUAGAGAGAGGGAUCUCCCGCCAUGGAUAGCGGAUUCCGUUUCAGAUAGAUUCAAUAAUCCAUUUUUGACUAGAUUCCAUGGUUUACAAAGACAUCGCACAACUGGGUCUCCAGUAGAAAACGCCAAUUUCAAGCCUUUCAUCUCAGAGUUGGAGCCGAAAUCAGAAGAUAUAAGUGAUCCUUUCAAAACUGAUCAUCAUAGACCAGGUGACCCCGAGAAACGCACAGAAUCGGCAUAUUCUCCGGUAAAUCCGGCUGAGGAAACCACUACUUUGUAUCCAAAGUUUGGGGACUUUGGUCCCGAAAGUAACAAAUAUGUACCAGGUAUUGAUCUUUCAUUCAGUGGAAGCAUUUAUGUCGGAUCGGAUGAUAUAAAUACGAUAUUAGAUACCAUGUUCCAAAAACUAGGAUCAAAAUGGCCUUGCUCUCUCAAGCUAUAUCCGGUAUAUAAAAUAAUUAUGAAAAAUUUGAUUAAAAAAGUCCUACAUGGUUACAUUUCUUCUGAAGAACAAGGAGAGCUUUUCGUCAUGUUAUGGAGAGAUCUGAAGAUAUGUAGACACCUAAGGAUGUCGGAAACGAACAAACUCGUAAAAACACUUCAAACGUUUGAUAAAAUUGAGUCGAGAGACAGCUUCAGUAAAUCAGGAAAAGCUCAAUCAUUUAGGAAUUUAAAAGGGAAGAAGGAAUACGUACAAAAGGUUUUAAGCAAACGAUACAAAUUUUAUGAAGUAUUGAAAAGAGAAUAUAGAAGAAGCAAAAGCAAAUCUCUAAAAGCGCCCAGCUUUCAAGCGUACCCCAAACCUGGAAAGACAAGUUCUCAGAAGUACUUAAAAAAUGGAGGAGUAGGUUCUCAAAUGAAUUCCAAAAGUUCUCCAGAGUACUCCAAACGUGGAGAGUCAAUUUCUCAACAGAACUCGAAAGGUUCUCAUGAAUACUUCAAAAGUGCAGAGUCAAGUUCUCAAGGAUACUCCAAAAAUGGAGGGUCAAGUUCUCAAAAGAAUUCUAAGAGUUCUCAGGAAUACUCCAAAAGUGCAGAGUCAAGUUCUCAAGGAUACUCCAAAAAUGGAGGAUCAAGUUCUCAAAAGAAUUCUAAGAGUUCUCAGGAAUACUCCAAAAGUGCAGAGUCAAGUUCUCAAGGAUACUCCAAAAAUGGAGGGUCAAGUUCUCAAAAGAAUUCUAAGAGUUCUCAGGAAUACUCCAAAAGUGGAGGGUCAAGUUCACAAAAGAACUCGAUAAGUUCUCAAGAGUACUCCAAAAGUGGAGGGUCAAGUUCACAAAAGAACUCGAUAAGUUCUCAAGAGGACUCCAAAAGUUCUCCUGAGUACUCGAAAAGUGUAGAGUCAAAUUCCCAAGAACAGUUCUAUCAAAAUGAAAGUUCGCAAGAGUACUCCAAACAGAGCACGUCAGAAAAUCAUUCCAGCGAAUCCUCAGAAACAAGUGAUUGAUUUCUAUGCUGAAAUCAGACUACUUAAAAUUUGUUAUGAACAGUGAGUAUAAUGGUGAAAUGUCUUUUUUGUCGUGAAUCUAUUAAUAUGUACCUUGUAAGAUUUUGAACUGUUGAAGUGUUCUUAGAAUUUCUAUAUUGUCUUAUUUCAUAAUAUGAUAUUUAUGCAUUUACCAAUGUUUUG